CCUCCAUCCUCUCUCUGUAAAUUACCCCCAUCCCACCCCUUGCAGGCUGCUCCCUCCCAUUGCUGUUGCUGGUGAUAGGGCCCCGGUAGGAGGCAGAGAAGGAGGCGGUGCUGCUGCCUCUGACCGGUCCCUCCCCGCCCGCCCGGCUCAGCGAUGGAGAGUAGCCCGGUGAAUGGGGGCCCAGCGGCCCGGUGAUGGAGCUGCCCGGAUGGCCCAGGAGAGCAGCAGCAGUGGCGGCGGGGGUUUCGGAGAGGGGUGCGGGGAGCUGUCCCUGGAGCAGGUGCUGAAAUCCUACGAGCAGCCGAUCAAUGAGGAGCAGGCGUGGGCCGUGUGCUAUCAGUGCUCCCGGGGGCUGGCUGGGGGGGAUACCACCAGGAGCCCCCAAUGCAGAAUCCGGGACCCCUCCUCUCUGAUCCUGCACCGAGAUGGCACAGUCACCGUGUUACCGGAGCCCCAGCACACCCAGGGUAAGUCACACCCAUCACUUACCGUCAUCAUGGACUGAUAUAGCCAGGGGUCUGCAUCACUGAGCCCAAGAGCUUGCAAUCUAGUCCUGGAGGUAUGGAGAAUAAAGAGAUGGCAUAAAGAUAGGAUGUACAUUCCAUGGGUCACUGUAGAGGGUAUGUCUUCAUCUAACAUAACAGAAACCCGUGCUCAACCUAAUUUAUAGCAGAAUAAGCAGAUUUAUAAUGUUUAAAUGGCCAAAGUCCUAAUAGCAUUACAACAGUCACUGUGUGCCCAGUAUAGGUGAUUUUAGAUCUUAAAGAUGAUUUAAUUCGGUUUAUAAUUGCAAUUCUUCCCAUGUUAGUGGGAUGGGCUGGCUGGGGAAGUAGAAUGUUUGGAUUUGUGAACGUUCUAUGUGUGGAAUCCCUGUCUGCACAUAUUGGGGUGACAGAACUGAGUUGCAUGUUACCUGCUACUUGUGAUCCCACAUACUCUGUAAUUUGCCCUGAUGGUUUACUAGAUUGUAAUAAGCACGCACUUGUCAUUUGUUUACAUAAUAUACAGCAUGGGCCAUGUCACAACAUCCCAGGAUCAGAACCCCUCCACUUCCAUACUUUUUCUUGGCCCCAGAGAGGCACCUGACUUUUCUUAUAUGUAUUUUAACCCCAGGGACCUUUUUACAACGUAUAGUCAAUAAUAAAAGGUCAAUUUGUAAAGUGAAAUAAUAUGAUCCCUAAUUACCCUUUAACCCUUCAUGACAAAGAAGUUAGACAAAUCGAUUUAUCAGGACUGCCAGGCUUCUCAACAGCCAUGAAGAGGUUAAUAUUGCUAUUCUGACACCACUCCUUUUUGUUAAAUAAAAUAAUUUAUUAUCAGAAAAAUUGAAAGAUUGGACAAAAUAAUUGCAAAUUUAAAAAGGUUGACUACUUUAAUUAAUCUCUGAAGCACCCUCACCUAUGUUCUACAAUUCCAUUUUUUUUUUUAAGUGGGGAAAAAAAACCUUUUUUUUUUUUUAUCACCUGGUGUGACAAUCAGAUUAUGCAAUCUGCCCAAUUUUAAUUCUACAUUAUCAAAAACACUUCCAUCCCUCCAACUCCCGCAAAAGCCAUUUCUGCCCAGCAGGAUUGUGAAUGCUUAAUGAUCCGCUGUGAGGCUGAAUGUGCAUUUCGCAGUAUAGAUUUACAUUGUACUGAGAGUUUGUGUUGAUAAACGUGCGUAAGAGAUCUAUCUAUCUAUCCAGGCUGGCAAAAUGAAUUCCAAGCAUGUAUGAAUUAUGUAUACUUUGGCCAAUAUAAACAAAUCCGAAAUAAAAUUAUCUAACAUUCUCUAUCACUGAUCCUGCUUUCUAAAACGCAAUUCUUUAAUUACAAAUGUUAGAUCUAGAAUAUGGGAAUUUUGGCAAAUUGCGUAGAAUUAUUCAACCUUUCCAACUUAUUGCAUGGAAAAAGGUACUACCCACUAAAAAUCUCCAUCCUAUUACCAGAAACAACAAAGAUACCAACACACUUGAUGGUAUUGUUCUAAUGGAACGUAUAAACUGACUAGCCUGCUCCCAUACUUGCCAACAGUCCUGCUUUUAAAUGGACAGUCCCAAUCUCGGGUUUGUUUGUUCUCUCUGAUGAUCCACUUUUGUGGAUACCAGACAAACGUUCCCACGAAGUACAACACAUCUUGCAUAUGGGAAUCAGUUGCUAGCUGCCUUAUAGGAGCCGUCAUCCUGAUGCGUGCUGGCAUGACACCACCCAUUUUCCACUUGCCCUCUCCCAAUGCAGACCCGCUCCCUCUCUUGUCCCAGCACAUUACUAGCCUGUUCCUAUGUGUCCUAUCUCCUCUUAAAGUCAACUGACAUUGCGCCUUGCAUUGAUACUUAGCCGUAAUAUUGAACAAGUUCCUGAGCUGCAUUUUCUAAGAUGCUCAGCCAGCUGUAAAAUUGUCUUUGCAUAAUGGGAAAGGUAGUUUAAAAACCUCUAGUUGCCAAGACCUCUAUUAUUACAGAUGCUAAUUUCGACUGAUAUCUGCACUUUUUCAAAAAAAAUGAAAAAGCGCUCACACUCUGCACACAGCAAGCUAAAGUGCUUUAGGUGUUUUGGACUGUUCCUUUAACCCCUUAAGGACCAAACUUCUGGAAUAAAAGGGAAUUAUGACAUGUCACGCAUGUCAUGUGUCCUUAAGGGGUUAAAGUUCCAUACUAAUGGGUUUUAUCUCACACCUUUCUGUGUAUACGUUUAUUAAUUACAAUACAUCUUAAUGUACAGAUGCCUGUAGGGAGUAGUCAUACAGAUUCAUGCGACCUGAAGAACUAAAUCAUUCCAUGUGAGCUUGCGCACGUGACUCUGUUUUUGAGUCAAGCUCUUUUUUUAAUUAACACAUGAUUGCCUCGAUGCUAUCAUUAGAUUAUUUAAACAAUCCACCUGUUUGUAAUAAUGACUCCGCAAACCUGUGACCGCCUCUCUGUUUACUGUUGACAUAUUGAUUUUUUUUUUUUUCUCUAAAUCUAACACCGUUUCUCAGUCGGUGGUGUGUGUGUGUGUGUGUGUACCAAAUUCAUUGUGUUGAUUGGCAGCUAAUGAAAACACCGCCCUGGAGUAUGUAGAAUUUAUAUGCUUUGGAUUGCCUAAUCGAUUUACUACCAGCAGCGUUUGAUUACUACAUACCAUAGGGCACAACCUUUCAUACGUUGCCCCUCAAUUUGUAUAAAUAUGGGAAAAAUAAAUAAAGCCACUUACUGUGGGGUACUUCGGCUGGUGUCGGGGUUCUUUGGUACCAGUUUAACUUUUAAAUUUUUGUUAAUGAAACAUGUUGGGUUUAUGGGUGCUUAGUUAAAUUAAAGAGCUAAAUCAUUUUAUUAGUACACAAUUAGGAUAACCUGGAUCAUUGAUGAGCAUCUGGAUAAAUGGAACCAAGGAGGGAGAGACACGACAAGGGCACGUGAAGAGGGUCGAUAGUUGCGGCACCAGGAAGUGAUAGGGACAUGGGAAUGUAUGUAAUAAUCACACAGAUAACUGCAGCAUAGCUUAUUGACAGGGGCGAUGAAGUGUAGAAUAUGAGAUUUGCCUGCGUUGAUUAAAUUAACUUGAAAACCAAGCACAGAUGUAACAAGAGUAUAAAAUUCUUAAAUGACAUUCCUCUCAUCGUGAGUACAAGGUCAGUCAAUAAUUAGCAAUUAUCAUCAAUCCGCUACCUGGACUCAAGAAUAACUGUUUUAAAUUUAGCUGGCUGAGUGCAUUUCAAAAGUAAAUGGAAAAGAUGGUUAUCUCAGAAUAGGGGCUGCGGUGAGAUUUAUCUGGUGUCUAUUAUUCACAGGAAGUUAAAUGUAUAGCAGCAAGGGGCUACGGCUGCAAGACCUUUCUAUGAGAAUGUUGGGUUCUAUGAAGAGCUAUAUACAAGGAGAAAGAUACAUUCGGACACCCAGCCCAGGACUGACUGGAUAAUUAGAGAUUGUCAGGAAAUACGUCUGGUGACUGGAGAAUAUAGAGAAUUCUGGGAGAUUGAGUUUAUUCUGAUAAGGAAACCACCGUAGCAGAGGUGCCAAAAUGGUAGAUGCCCAGAUGUUUUAAAACGAAAACUUUCAUAAUGCUUUGUCAUUCUAAAAGCAUGCAAAGCAUCAUGGGAGUUGUAGUUCCGCAACAUCUGAGGAAUCUUCCUUUCGGGUACGCCUUCACUAUAGGAUCAAGGUAAAAGAACACAACAAGAAGUAUGCUGUAGUGGUUAUGGUGCCAGGAAUGUCCUGUCAUCCCUUUCCCCUAAUUUAAGUAGCCAAUCAGCUGGCCCUGCAGAGUAGGGUUUAGCUGAGACAUGCUACCAGAAGCUCCAUACAGGAGCUCUUACCUCUCCAGAGAGAAGGUGAACAACCCCUGGCAGACAGCAGAUGAGAAAUUGUUUGACUUCUUACAUUGGAGUGCGGGGAGGUGCCAGGGCACACUGUAGUGGUUAUGGUGUUUGGAAUGUUGGUUUAACCUUUUUUUUGUCCAAAAUAUUCUUAAACCGCUAUUUUUUUCUGCUAAACGUCCCUUUUCAGUUUAGUAAAUAAAAAUCCCACUGAAAAAAGAAUAAGCAGGACCAUAAUAAAGAUAAAAUGAACUGACUGAGAGACCAGUCUGGAACUGAAAUCCAGAAUCUGCAAUUUUAAUUAGCCAGCCGUUUCUAAAAUGCAUAAAUACACAUGAUUAAAGCAUUAACGUUACACCAGAGCAAUUUGCUUUUUAACAUCACUACUAAUGUAAUAAUCACUACCAAUCCUCUAACUGCAGGGGAAUUUAAUCUAAAACAGCAAAUGCUUUUACAAUCGAUUAAACCAUGAUUAAAAACUUGCAAUGCCUAUGAAUCUUCUAUCAAGAAAGAAAUAGAAAUAUAUUCAGGUUUUUUUUUUUUUUUUGUCAUCAUAUAUUAUUUUUAAAACUCUAUAGUUUCAUAAAGUACUGUAGAAAUCUACUCGCUUACAAAUCAUAUUGUUAUAAUGUGCUAUCUGCAGACUUGUCUUUUUGUAUCGGUCAUUAAAGGAACACUAUAGUCACCUAAAUUACUUUAGCUAAAUAAAGCAGUUUUAGUGUAUAGAUCAUUCCCCUGCAAUUUCACUGCUCAAUUCACUGUCAUUUAGGAGUUAAAUCACUUUGUUUCUGUUUAAGCAGCCCUAGCCACACCUCCCCUGGCUAUGAUUGACAGAGCCUGCAUGAAAAAAAAACCUGGUUUCACUUUCAGACUGAUGUAAUUUACCUUAAAUAAUUGUAUCUCAAUCUAUAAAUUGAACUUUAAUCACAUACAGGAGGCUCUUGCAGGGUCUAGCAAGCUAUUAACAUAGCAGGGGAUAAGAAAAUCUUAAUUAAACAGAACUUGCAAUAAAGAAAGCCUAAAUAGGGCUCUCUUUACAGGAAGUGUUUAUGGAAGGCUGUGCAAGGUCACCAUGACUUAUUAUUAUAAUAAUAAUUAUUAUAUAUUUUUUUUAAACGUUCAGCUCAGGUUUGCUUACUGCUUUCAAAGGAAACUUUACUUAAUUAUUUCAAGUUAUUAUUAAAAUGUUUUUCUAUAAGAUUCAUAUUCACGAGAAGCCAUUUAAAAAAAAAAAAACUAUUUUCAAAGCAAGUAGGUCACGAGUCAAUGAUGCUGAUGAACAUACUUAAUACAGCUUAAUUUUAAGCAUAUCCUCUAGAUCAGGCAUAGGCAACCUUCGGCACUCCAGAUGUUGUGGACUACAUCCCUCAUAAUGCUCUUACACCCAUAAUACUGGCAAAGCAUCAUGGGAGGUGUAGUCCAAAACAUCUGGAGUGCCGAAGGUUACCUAUGCCUGCAUCUAGAGGCAUAGGCUACCUUCGGCACUCCAGAUGUUUUGGACUACACCUCCCAUGAUGCUUUACCAGGAGUAUGGGUGAAAGAGAAUUAUGGGGAAUGUAGUCCAUAACAUCUGGAGUGCCGAAGGUUGCCUAUCCGAGCUCUUUUGAAUUCUUAUCUGCACCUGUUAUUUGUGUUUAAUCAGGGUUUUUUGGGGGGGUGUUUUUGGUCGUAGUUUUUUUUAAAUCUUGUAUCAUUUAAUCUUUAUAUUGCGCCACAGCAAAUGUUCGAACUAUAAUUAAUUGCUGUAAUGUUGUUUUUUUUUUUUUUUUUUUUCUCACUCUCUAUAAUUGUGAGAGGUAGUAUAUAGCCUAUGAUUAAUGUUCCAUUUAACGCACACCUCAUUGAGAUUCUAUAAUGCUUUAAGCAAACUAUUUUAUUGUGCAAUCUAGUGGUUUUAUUCCCUAAAUGGUGCAAUUGGGGAAAAAAUCAUUUUUUAGAAUUUUCAACUUGGAUUGCAAAUCGUUGCAAAAUCCUAUUAUCUUGGCAUUCUUUUCAACCUUAAGAUACACUGUCAAAUGUGCUGAUUACUACACAAAAAUGAGUGAGACAGACACGGCGCCACCCUUGUAACCAAGCACUGUGCCCGUGUAAUUACAUGAUGCCAAGCAGGUGACAUGAUCAGGCAGGCUUUGACAGCUAAUUCAAUGUCCCUUUUUAUCCUUUUGUAACACGUAUGGAGAGAUUUUUCGCUGAUGCACGUUUUUUGGCAUUCCUUCAUGAAAGGACAGCAGAUACAAACCUUGACACACUGUAAUCAUCGGGUUGUGUUGUAAUUUGUAAAGGAAUAUGGUUUUACAGGUAAGGAAGAGAAAGAUGGUUUGUGAAAAGACCAGGCAUGCGGAAGUAUCGGGUUACUGGGCAGAAAGGUACAGCAAACCUACAGACACUUGAAAAGGUAGAAAAAUACAUAAUGCGUAUAAGGCCUAAAGCUAUAAAAUGUGCUUAUAUUGGUGCCCAGAGAGUCUUUUUAAAGAACCAGUAUGCACACUUCCGUAUCCUAUUUUAAAUCCCAUUUAUCUAUUAGAAAUCGGCACUUUUAUAAAUGAGGAAACACCUCCCUGGCUGCCAAUCGGACAGUCAGGGAGGUUUGCUUCUUUCUCACGUGCAUUUUUGAAAAAAAAAUUUAUUUUGUAAUUUUUAAUUUUAUAUCCCCUUCUCAUUUUUAAAGUGGAGUGUACCUUUAAGGCGGUAUGAUCUCUGAUAACCAUUUGAUCAUAGGCAGAUGCCCAUAUUGAUGUCUUAUUGGCUAUUCUACUCUACUCUACUUGCCGUUGUUUAUUUGGUCCAUACAGCUAGAGGAUACUUACCAUUAUAUGCAGAGGUCUUUAAUUCCGUGUAGGAAUGAUCUGUCUGCAUGUUGUUUAUUGUUUUUAAGGGCUGCCUAUGCUAUAGAACUCUAGUCUCCAAACUUUUGAAUGCAACCCAGUUUAGGAAAAACAAAUAAAUUAAGAGCAGCGUCUCCAGUGCUAAAGCAUAAAAUAUAUAUUUUUUAUUUUGUGAAGAAUAUAGAAUGUCCCUAAUUUUCAUGACCUAUCAAGUCAGUCACUCAACCUCGGCGUCAAUCCAGUUGAGCAUGGGCCAUGGAUUAUACACUCUAACAAUUGGCAGACCACAUAACACAGAGAGCAGCAGAGUAAUAGGAGUGCAAAGUCCUGGGAGCCCAGAAGGCUUCCAUAACAAGAGUUUCAAAAGACCAGAUGUGCAUUGUAUGCUGGCUGUUCUGGGAAUCCUAUGGUCCCAUGGAGACCUCCUCAGUAAAGCAGUCCCAUCUACCCAGAAAAGGUUAGCGGAUCCUGUACUCCGAAACCUGUUAUUAACGGUAUCCUCUUGUUGAUGGCCUCCUCCAUCAAACCCGACAUGCUCUUUUUAAUAUAGCGGUUUUGGAGAGGUUGUCAGGAUCUCUGAAAGUGAAAAGUACUUUUCAGAAUAAUAAUGACAAGUUAUGUUUAUGAUCAUCAAAGAUAGCAUUUCUGGGAUUCUUCCUAAAUAUGUGUAUGAAAACAAUUUUAAAUAUAGAAUAUCAAACGGUACAACAAUCAUGUGAUGAAAAUCCGAUACCUACUAAAAAUGUAGUUUAAUCGUCCAUAAAUGGUCUGUAUCCUAGUUUAACAGGGGUACUCUCUAAAGCGAAAACUGUUGUGAAUUCAAAGUGAAUUUGAAUGGAAGGCCAAAAUAGCUGAAUGUGAAAAAUUCUUCGUGCCUGCUAUGCUCCCAGUUCAACUACUUUGGCCUUAAAUUUGGAAUUUACUCUGAAUUCCUCAAAAAUUACAGUCAAAAGUAUUUAUCAAUAUGUAGCAGGUGAGAAUAAUUAUAGACUUGAGAAACAAAAAAAAGAGAAUUCCUGAAUAUAUUUGUACAACCACAUGGGAUUGUGUUACAUAAACCCUGGGCCCUUUAGGUACCAGUACUGCCUGGUAUAUUGCAUCCGGCCAGAAGACUUCCUGCUUCCUUGUGAUAGAGAGCCAUGUCCUGCUUUACGUCUAGUGAAUCUUUGUUUGUUUUACGUUGUUUGUUCAGCUGUUAAUUUCAGGUUCCAUGUAAACACGCCACAGGUGGAAUGCAAACGUAUAUCUUUUAAGCAUUUCAUUGUAAACCAUUUCUGUGGAGUGCAGUACUGAAAAAGAAAUAAUCUCACGUCUCAUAUGCACUGAUCAGCCACAAAAUUUAAAACCACUGACAGGUGAAGUGAAUAAGCAUGUUUUUGAGAUUCUGUUUGCACAUGGUGGGAUCUUUGACCAUGCACCAGAUCUCCGUUAAACACAUGGUAUUCACUUCUGAUCAAACAGGACUUAAAGAUGGCUUCUCUGACUGAGCAAAAAUAACCAUAAAUAAGCUCUAAAAUAAACUAUUAAUGUACACAUAAUGAUACACAAGUAUUACAAUAACGUUUUGGUUUCAAUAAUUUUUUUUCUUUUAGCACGAUUUAUAUAUUUUUACGAUUAUGCUUGAACUGUUUUUGCAUAAUAAUAAUAACUUUACAGUAAAAUAAGAUUUCUCUGAAAAUAUUGCAUAUUCAUAUUAUAUUUUAAUAUCUGAGAAAUGUAAAGUAUUAGAGUAACUUUUAAUUACUGGUAUGUUUAAAAAAAAAAAAUGAGGUAAUACCGGUAACUCCAUUGUUGGCUUGUGCUUAGAACGACAAAUAACGCAACGGUGGAGGACAGUCACUGAAUCAAUGCAGUUUUCCAGCAUGCAUUUUUAAUAGACUUCCUGCAUUAAAGGGACAGUUUAGUCACCAGAGAGAUUCUAGUGUUCUGAUUAAACAAAGUGCAGGCUGAAGUGAAAUUUGUUGUGUAAUGUAUUCAUGUCUAGGCUUUGGCAGCCCAGGGCUUACGAGAACAUUUAUUUAAUCUGGGAUUGGUUGUGUGGGACGCUAAAUAAAAUGCAAACAAUGCAGUGUUAGAAGCGUUUGAGCAUUCUCUCCUUAUCAACCACAUGUAUCCGGCCUGCUCAUAGUGCUAACAUUUUGAGUCACCCUUCACCCCACCCAGGGUCUACAGUAGAGGUAUAAGAGCAUUAGUGAAAAGAUUUAGCUGAACCGUAUCCAAAACAAGCUGUAGAUGUUACACAAUGCGUGUUUUCCAAAGUUUGUUUGCUUGAUAGCAAAUGAGGUAACAUUAUAGUAAAUCUGUGUUAUCCUUUUAAAAAGAUUCUUUCUUCAAACAUUUGGAGUAUAUUAGCAUCACCCUUGAGCCCUUUGUAGUCCAGAAGACAGUGGGGAUAGAUGACACUCUUGUCACGGCAAUAUUUAUGAAGAGAUAUUAGGUGAAUGUGCCAAUUUAUCCAAUCGGGUAUGGCGAUUGUCUUUCAAGACUGGUGGAAGUGUUAUCUCAAGACAUAUGACUCCAUUGUAAUAAGGUAAGAAUUUCCAACUGUGACCUUCUAAAUCAAGGUCAGUCAUGGAGAACUUAUGGUACAAGUGCCACCAUUGGUUCAGAGGUGGCAGUCGGGCCUCCUGGGCUACUGGGCAAUUUAUUGUGGCACUGAGUAAAUGUGGGAGGUUUUUGUCAUUCUUCACCCCAUGACCACAUCGUAUAUUAUCCAAAUUUAGCCAGUAUGGACAUCAAUAUAUGUUAAGAAUUUUAACUGAAGCAAUUGUGGACAGGAAUCUUAUCUUAUUUGCUGGUUAGAGCAGGGAAUGGGAUACAGAUCGUAAAAAGAAUGGAAAUGAAAAUUGAGAGGAAGCAGAAGCGGUCAAAUGGAUGGGGGCUGCCCUCUUGCAUAAAAUGAAGCACAGAUCGAGAACGGGACAGGUAAAUGGCGAGAAAUCUGUAUGGAGAUAGGUGGUCUUCAUGUGGAAGGGAUAGGAAGCAAUUCUAGGUAAGAAGUAAGGAAGCAGAUUGGAGUGACAAACGAUAAAAAAGAGAAACAAAAACAAGUCGAGUGAAUAAUCUACAGAAAACUAUUGAAGAAAAACAAAAUAAAAAUGGUGGAUUGGACCUUUUUAAAUCUAUUACUUGUCUUCUAUAGAAGAUUACAGCUGGACUCCAAAUGUUAAUCAUGAAUGUUCCAGGUGAUGGUUAAACCUUAUAUAUAUAUAUAUAUAUAUAUAUAUAUAUAUAUAUAUAUAUAUAUAUAUAUAUAUAUAUAUAUAUAUAUUUUGUGCUUUUUAUGUGUAUUUGAAUGUGGCUUUUUUUUUUUUUUUUGGUUGUUGUACUUUUUGUGAAUGAGGCCCAUUUGUUUGGUUGAGCAUAAAACGAAUGCCAUAAAUCAGCUGGCUAGAAUUACCUUGGCUCAGAAGCUAACCCGCCAGCUGUUUUCUGUAACAAUUGGAUAAAUCAAGGUCAAGUUGUGACUUCCUUUCUUGGUCGACAUGUGACUUCUCGGAGUCUGGUGCUUUUUGCAUGCCUGUGUGUGCCCUGAUGCAUUGCUGAAAUCACUCAACCUUGAAACCUUCCUGUCUGUAUCAAAGCCCUCUGGAAAUCUGGAUUCUACAUUCAUUUUACUGAUCUGUCUCUAAUAUGAUGCUAUCAUCUAUUAUAUUUUCAAGACUUGUGUAUGCAUAGACCUUAACCUGCACUUAAUGAAGAUUAUUAUUUUUUUUUUUUUAAAGGACAGCAUUACCAUUUUCUAAAAAAAAGUAAAAAUUAUAAAAAAAAUUAUAAAAUGAAUUUCUAUUAAGUAAUAUUAUGUCAUAUUAUAUAUAUAUGAACUCUACUCUACAAAUCUGUAAUAUUGCCUCUUCGUACAUUUUAUAUCCACAUUGAUAUUAUUUUUUUUUUUUUGACAAUCUUUAUUUAUGUAUUCAGUUUUACAAUUUUGAAAGGAUGGGUGUACAGAAGGGAAAAGGGUGGGAAGUCAAACAGUUAUUUGUAUUGCACCAAUGCAGUGAUAGAUAUCCAUAAUAGCAUAACAAUACCCAUUUCCGUGUUUAUAGAUCACACAGUAGUUGAGAGCUGUGGGUAUACCCAUUAUCUAGUGCAAUUCGACCUGUUCUGUAUCUGUGAGUGUCCUAUGUCUUUGAUAUUCUCAUACCCCCAACCAUUUGGGACUUCUUGCAGCUCAGGGCGUGAUAUUCGUGGGAGGGGUGUGGGGCCCAGCCAAGUGCAAGUAUGUAGAGGCUGUAUGUGUGGGUGGGUCUGCUUGUGGCGGGGCUUCCCGGCAGGUUUGUUUAGGGCUUUUCAAAUGUUGUGGCUAGGGUGUCCUGUCCCGUCCCACCUGUGUCCAGGUGUACGAACCCUGGAAGGAAUGUUCUUUUCUGUGGUUGGGGGAGCAUGAGUAAGAGAUAUGUCCCGCGGGUGUGCGAGCCUAGCAGGUGGUAUUGCAUGUGUGUUGUUGGGUUGCUUCUGGGGCUAAAAGCUGUGGGGUCUAUUGUGCGGUGGAUCUAGCUUAUGGGCCAUUAGAUUUUUGGGUGUUUAGGGUAUCUUGUGUGUUUCUGUCCCUUAAUAUCGCUUUUGUGAGUUCUAUCUACUGUCCCUCUGUGGAUCCGUGUUUGGUAUGGUACAUCUGUACAUGUUCUCUUGGAUUGAAUGUCUCAGUCAAGUACGUGGUGUGGGGUGGUCUGGUCAAGCAGAAGUCAGGAGGAUGAGGGGGUUAUAUGGGGUGGGGUGGCGGGUGCAGUCUAGCUGGGGAAAAGAGGAAGCAAGAUUAGGAGUAAGGCGGGAGAGGGCAUCGGUUACUUAUCGGAGCGAAGUUUUUCAUGAGGCUGAGCCUGCUGCCGCGGUGUAUAGGAUCCAGGGGGUCCAGGUUAGGUGGCAUUUCUCCGAAUGGCCCCGGAGGGCUGCUGUCAUGGACUCCAUGGAAUGUAUUUCUCCCACUCUAUCCACCCAUUGUUGGAAGGCGGGGGAAGUCGUUUUUUUUCCACAGGGUGGGUAUCAAUGAUUUAGCUGCAGUCAGUAGGUGUCUAGUGAGGGAUUUUUUGUAUGUUUGCAGCGAAAUGCUGGUGUGAUGUAGUAGCAUGGGUAGGGGUUGAAGUGGGAGCUCAGGGUCUGAUAUCUCUCGUAUUUUGGUGUUUACCAUCUCCCAGAAUGGGAUGAUGGCUGGGCAGGUCCACCAUAUGUGGAUCAUGGUGCCUCUCUCUGCUCCGCAUCUCCAGCAUUUUUCGUCAUUGUCCGGGUUCAUGCGAUGCAGUAUGUCAGGGGUUCGGUACCAGGUGGUUAGUAGUUUAUAGCUCAUCUCCUGAAAUUUUGAGCUAAUAGAGCUUUUGUGUGUGAGUAGGAAUAUUUUAUCCCAUUCACGGGCCUCAAGUACCUCCCCCGUCUCCCUCUCCCAUCUGGCGAUGUAUUUCGGUGGUGGUCUAUUCUCACCCUCCAAUAGCAGUGCAUAUAGCGUCGAGAUCCCUCUCUCGAUGUGUCGUCUACUGAUGCAUAUUUUUUCAAAAUAUGUGGGGUCUCGGUGGAAUUGCUGUUUGGCUGUCGCGGAGUUGUAGAAGGAUUUGACCUGGUGAUAUCUGAACCGGUCGAGCAUCGUUGGUGCAGUAUCAGGGAUUAGUUCGGGUAGGGUUUUCAGUGCGCUGUUGUUGCACCAUUGGUGUAUAUAGGACCAAUCGGACCGGCCAAAGUUUCUUAGGUCUGCGGGUGACAGUCCUCCUCCAAUGUCUGGGUUAUGGGUGAGGGGUGUAAGCGGGUUGCUAUGUGUCGUCAGCUGGUAGGGGAAUCGGAGAGCGCACCAUACUUUUAGGGUUGCGGCUAUCAGAGGAUUGCCGGUGUUGAGGGCGUUCGGUGUAAUUCCCGUCCUCCAUAGUUCCGAGGGUAUUUUCCCCUCGGCCUGAGCUAGUUCUGCCUGCACCCAUAGUUUCUCCGUUGGAUGCGAGUGCCAGUCAGUGACCCUCAGCAAAUGGGUUGCUCGGUAGUAGCCAAUGAUCGAGGGGAGUCCCGCUCCCCCCUGCAAUUUGGGUAGCUCCAGUUGGAGCUUGCUGAUUCUCGGAGCUCCUCUUUUCCAUACGAAGUGUCGAAUCGCGGUGGAAAUGUUGUGGAAAAAGGCCCGAGGGACGGUGAUCGGGAUUGUCUGGAAGAGAUACAGAAUGCGCGGGAGGAUGUUCAUUUUUAUUGCGUUAAUACGACCGAACCACGAAAUGUAGAGGUCAGUCAGCCUGUAGGGAGGUGAGGAUUGGGGCAAAAUUAGCCUGGUAAAGAUGUGAGAGGUCUUUGGUCAACCAAAUGCCGAGAUAUUUCAAUUUGGUACCGCACCAUCUGAACCCGUAGUGGGAGCGUAGUUGCGCACCGAGUGCGGCUGGGGCCGCGAUGUUCAUGGCCUCCGACUUGUCGGUGUUGAGUUUCAGGUUCGAGAUCCUUCCAAAUCGUUGGAAUAGGCCUAGUGUGUUUGGGAUGGAGAUCAGGGGUUGUCCCAGGAAGAACAGCAGGUCGUCGGCGUAUGCCGCUACCCGAUGUUCUACGUUCCCUAUUGUGUGUCCUGUGAUUCCCCCGUCCAUCCUGACCGCCUCCAGGAACGGUUCCAGGGAGAGGGCGAACAGCAGGGGGGACAGGGGACACCCCUGUCGUGUGCCAUUUCUUAUAGGGAAUGGCUCUGAGAGGGCACCGUUGACUCGUAUUCGAGCCGUGGGUGUCGUGUAGAGUGCCGCUAUCCAUGUUCGGAUAUUAGGUCCGAGUCCCAUGUGUUGUAGGGUGGCUGCGAGGUAGGCCCAGUCCACUCGGUCGAAGGCCUUUUCAGCGUCCGUGGAGAGGAGAGUAAGACGCCGACCCUGCCUUCGAGCCGAGUGGAUAAUGUUGAGGGCCCGUAUGGUGUUGUCCCGUGAUUCUCUGCCUGGGAUGAAGCCCACCUGGUCCGGGUGGACCAGUGAGGGAAGCACCCCGGCAAGACGGAGGGCCAUGGCCUUCGCAAACAACUUUAGGUCUGCAUUCAGGAGGGAAAUGGGGCGGCACAGCAGGCUGGAUCUUUUCCCUCUUUAGGUAGGACCGUAACCACGGCCCUGAGGGUGUCCAUCGGGAACUGUUCGCCCUCUAGCAGUGAGUUCAGGCCUGUCAACAGGUGCGGCAGCAGAACGUCUCUAAAUGUGCAAAGGUAGCUCCCAGGGAGACCAUCUGGACCCGGCGCCCUGUUUGAUUUGGUUAGUUUAAGCGCCGCAGUUAGUUCCUCCAGGGACAGGGGCUGUUCCAUGUUCGCGGCUUGGUCGGGGGUGAGUUUCCGGGUGACGUGUUUGGUGAGGAAGUCUGUUAGCUCGCGUUUGUGUUGUGCGGGGAAAAGUGCGCUGGGCGUGUCGGCCAGGUUAUAUAGGCUUGUGUAGUAUUCCCUGAAUGCCUGUAGGAUCUCUGCUGGCAGUCUCGUUUCCUGUUGGCCAUGGGCUUUUAUUUUGUGAAUGUGGGUUUGCCUCCGUCUCUGCUGCAAAGUCCGGGCCAGCAGUCUACCGCAUUUAUUCGAGUGUUCAUAAAAAAAGCGGUGUGAGCUGCGUACCACUUUAAGCAGCUUCUGUGAGAGUAUGUCCCUAAGCUGUCUUCUCGCGUUGGUCAGUUGGAGGUAGAUGUCUUCUGUCAAAUCCCUUUUAUGGGUGGAUUCGAGUUCAGUUAUCUGUUUAGUCAAUUCCAGGAUGCGUCUGGUGUUCUCCCGUUUGCGUUGUGUGCAAAGAUUUAUGUAGUGCCCCCUGACUACGCAUUUGUGCGCCUCCCAGGUUGUCAGAGGGGAUACGUCCGGGGUGGUGGUUGUUUCAAAAUAUUGGGUAAGGACCUGUGUGGUCAGCCUAGAGCAUUCUGUAUCCGAUAGUAUGGUUUCGUUUAAUCGCCAAUGGCGCUCCCGUGGCUUGAAGAGGGGCGAUUUGAAUCUGGAUGGACACAGGGGCGUGAUCAGAGUCUCCUUGGAUCCCAAUGUCUGCGGUGAUAAGCAGGGGGAGGAACUCUUGCGCGAUAAAGAUGUAAUCUAUCCUGCUGUAUUGAUUGUGGGGGGCAGAGUAGCAGGUAUAAUCCCUGCUGUCCGGGUGUGCCGCCCGCCAGCAGUCGGAUAGGCCUAGUCUGUUGAGUGUUUGUUUGGUCCUGCGUAUGCAGUGGUCUGGGAUGGUGCUGUCACCCCUUGACGUGUCUACUCGGGGGUCCAGAGGGGUGUUCAAGUCACCCGCUAGUAUCAGUAAGCCUUCCUUGAAUUUGUCUAAGCGGGACAGUGCCUUAGCCAGGAAUGUGUGUUGACCCCGGUUGGGGCAGUACACAUUAGCUAGGGUAUACGGGCGUUCUGCUAUGGUUCCUUUUAUGAAGAGAAACCGUCCCAGCGGGUCUACCUGUGUGGCGGUGCAUUGGAAGGGCACCGUCCCUGUGAAGAGAAUUGCCACACCUGAUUUUUUGGAGUCCUGGUGGUUCGCGAAAAAGCCCUGGGGGAAUCUUUUAUCAUGUAAUGUGGGGGCUGACCCAUCUUUAAAGUGGGUCUCCUGCAGAAAUGCCACGGAGACCUUCUGGGACCACAGUGUCCGCAGAAGAUGUGUGCGCUUCUCGGGGAUGUUCAAGCCCCUUAUGUUGUUGGACCAGAACCGAAGCGGGGCUGAUUGAAAUUUUUGAGACAUCGUGGCAGAGGCGGGCCAGGCUGGGAUGGGGAAGUGGGAGGGGGAUGAGGGGAAAAGAGAGAGGGGGGGAGAGAAGUUAGAUAUAAUAAGUGGUGGGGGGGAGGAGAGAUGUCGGGGAGAGCAAGUCUGUCGGUGACCGUCGGUGUGUGUGUGGGGGUGGGGGAUAGUGUGGUCAGGGGUAAAAGACAACAGUGACCCAAGAUCGGUCGUGUUCCCCAGGGGACGUCCGAUCCAUCUAUGGUCGGUAAGACCUCUGGGCCCGAUCGAAUUUACAAGCCGAGUCGGUUGUGUGGGGUUGUAGUAACCAGGUGGAGUGAAAUUCUCAUGGGGAAAUUGAGGCUACUGCUUGUGCCCGGCUCAAGUGAGUUGCUCGGGUUACCGGAGCCUGGGGAGCCAAUCGCUCAAGAACGCAUCGCCGCCGUGAGCUGCAGACCCUUUGUGUAUAUAUCAGAGAGUUAUGUAACAGUGGGGGAAGAAGAAAAAAAAAAAUAUAGAAUAAAUUAGGAGGGGUUAACUUGAACAUUAUAGCAUAAACUUGGCCUAACGUACUAUACUAUUAAACGGCCGGAGCCAGGCCUGUCCCGCCUCAUGGACCCCUAACAGUCCUCGCCCACCUCUUUAGUCCCCCCUGCGGGUGUCAGCUCCCCCCUGGUACGUCUGUGGUGCCUACCUAGGAUCUCUCCUCCCCAUUGUGUCUGUGUCUCAGGUCCCACUAGCCCAGUUAGAUGCCUCAGUUUAUCGGGCCCACUUAUUCCCUAACCCGAGGCCUGGUGUAUUGCCCCCCCUAUAUGCUUGGGCUAGGUAUGUAGUGUCUAUCUUGUUGGCUACAGGGGGUGUAGUGUCGCCCCCCCCCCCCUCUCCCCGCACCACCCCGAACAGGCACCCGGCCCCGCUCCCCGCCCGCUCCCUCUGUGUCCCCCAAGCCCGCUAGUUCCACGAACUUCCCUCCUGCACCCGAGCAAAACUAGUAAGGGGAACCUUUAACAGCCACAUGUGGAGGGAUAUGAGUGCCCAGGUUGUGUGCCCAAGGCCCACCCGCGCCCCUAUGUUGGAGUGACCAUGAUCGUAGAGUAAGUUAGCCCUCCACACAUGUGAGUUUCGUGUCUGCUAUCCCUCCUCCCAAGUAGGCUUUUCCCACCCGCUGUAGCUUUCUGGAUGGCUAAGAGUCCUGGGUUUUGUCCGUAAGGCGUGGGCUGGAGUUCUGAGGCAGUUAAAUCCCGGAGCAGGCGGGGGGAGAAGGGAUGGGAGCAACCCAGCCAGCGUGGGCCUUGUGGUGGGGCAAAGUUUUAAAGCAGAGAGGGGAGGCACAUACCGCCAAUGGGAGAAACCUCUGCAAGUCCAGGGUGUCCGCACCCGCCAGGUGUGCAGAUGAAGGGGGGACCGCCAUCCCGCGGGGGAGGGUGGAUCUCAGACCCAUGUGACUCCGGGCUUUAUUCUUCGGGGCCGUCCGGUCCCCCUCUCCGUGGGGGCCUUUCCCUCCGGUUGCUAGGCGGAGUCGGACCAGCGGGGCCCGCAGGAUGCUGUGGUGGACCCAUCAAGAUCCAGUUAGGUAUGGCUACCGCAGGCAGGUCCAGGGCUCUCAGGAACCCGGGGACUUCGUUCGGCCAUCUCAGCGUGCGCCAUGCGUUGUCCUUCCGGGCUUGCAGGCUAAAAGGGUGUCCCCAUCUGUACGGGAUCCUCCUAUCUUGCAGCAUACGGGUAAGUGGACGUAGUGCUCGGCGGGCUUCCAGCGUCAGGGGCGAGAGAUCUUGAAACAGGGACACCUGGGCGCCAAGAUACGUGAUGUUUUGUGAUCUGGCCGCCUUCAUAAUGGCUUCUUUUAGUUGAAAAGAUAGUAGACAGCAUAUAAUGUCUCUGGGGGGUCCGUCGUUCCUAGGGGGUCGGAGUGCUCUGUGGGCUCUCUCAAUAUUGUAGGUGUCUGGGGCUUCCUCUCCCAGUACAUCCGCGAAAAGUUGCUGCAGGAUGUCGCUGAGGUCUUCCCCCGCUUGUUCUGGCAGGCCUCGCACGCGGAUAUUAUUGCGUCGUCCGCGGUUAUCCAGGUCUUCGACCUGUCUUCUUAGAUCCAGGAGAACGGUACCCUGCCUUGAGGUGGCAUUGUCGGCAGCUUGGGAGUGUUGAGAGGCCAGCAUACCACAUUGAUAUUAUUAUUGAUCUUUUUAGAAUUGUGCUUACUAAUCCUGUGUGUAUAUAUAUAUUCACCAUGGGCCUGGCACCCACUCUCCAGUCUUGUUCCUUACCUCGGUGCAAAUUCCAACCAAACUUUAGAUCUCCAAAAACACUCUAGAGGACUUUGUGAUAAGUUUCAGUAUUCUUUAUUGUGUCCAAUCCCCUAAGUCAAUGUUUCAGUGCUUGUAUCAGGACUUUUAUCAAGAAUGAAUAUAUAUAUAUAUAUAUAUAUAUAUAUAUAUAUAUAUAUAUAUAUAUAUAUAUAUAUAUAUAUAUAUAUAUAUAUACUUUUUUUAUUUUAUUUUUUUUACACUGCUGCAUCUUCUUUUUAUCUUCUUUUGGUCACUUCUCACUUGAUCUAUUAAUAAAAUCUACUUAUAGUGGCUGUUACCUAGACCUCAAUUUUGUUUGCUCGGGUAUACAUCCAUAUAGCACUUUGGAGAUACGAUGUUUGGUCAGAUCACUGAUCAGUCUAAAUCCGAAAGAAUUGCAAUUCUCCCAAAACCGAACGCACAAGUGUAAUAUCAAUUGCUUCUUUAAUAUACAUUUUAAAGCAAAUGGUUAACACAAGUUAGAAGUAAUCUUUAAAAUAAUUCAUUUUCUUCUUAUUAAUUUAAUUGGUACUUUCCAAAGAAGUGACCGUUCCUCUUUUAAAGUUGUAAUUUUACUACUUUUUUCCCCAAAGAUUAUUUGAAUAAGUAAUUUCCAUUUUUUUUUUUUUCUCUCCUUAGGGACUGCUCCAAGUGCCCCUCUUUCAUCGAUCACAGAAACUCAGGUAUGUCACAGUGGCAUUGCUAGGUGGUAAAAAAAAAUUUGAAAUGUGAGUCUCUCCAGGACAGUAGAAUUCUUAAUCGUUAAUUAAGAUGUUUAGGAUCUAUACUAUAAAAUUUGUUGUUGACUUUAAAACCCUAUAAAACUUGUGCUACAUUGAUUGAUUGCUCGCUCAUUUGAAGCUGUAAUGCGUAUAUUGAUAGACUUGGAUUUGAUGAUCACAGAAAUGUCUGCUUGAAAACCAUUUGAGUCUGGUAGAAAAAUCUACAAAUCUGCAAUAUUGCCUCUCCGUACAUUUUUAUAUCCACAUCCCUCUUCUAAAAAGUCACCAUUCCCAUCAAUGGACAAACACAACUGCGUACUCACAUAAAGAUCAAUUAUUCAGAUAUAAUGCUUUGGGCCAUUUUAUAUACAACAUUCAAGCAAUUAUGUUUCAAUUUUACUACACAGCUUACUGUGUAUAAUGCCUGCACCUAAUACAUGCUUAAAACAUAUAAACUGUCUUUUAGCAGAACAUGAGUGAACAAAUAGAAAAUGGUGGCCUCCGAGCCUCUAUUUAAAAUGCAGAGAUAUAUUCAUUAAAUUGUAAUGAAAUGACAAACUAAUUUAGGUAAAAAUAACACAAAAUUAAAGGACCACUAUAGUGUCAGGAAAACAAACUCGUUUUCCUGGCACUAUAGGGUCUUUAGGUCCCCACUCCCACCUGGCUGAAGGGGGAGGAAGGGGUUAAACGCGUACCUUUCUCCAGCGCCGGGUUCCUUCAGUGCUGGGGAAAUCUCCUCCCUCUUCCAACAUCAGCGCUGAAUGCGCAUGUGCAGCAAGAGCCGCGCACACAUUCAAUCAGUCCCUAGGAAAGCAUUAUUCAAUGCUUUCCUAUUGACGACAGCGUCUUCUUACUGUGAUUUUAAGUGAGACAACCACUAGAGGCUGGAUUAACCCUCAGUGAAACAUAGCAGUUUCUCUGAAACUAUGUUUACAGCUGCAGGGUUAACCCUAGAUGGAUCUGGCACCCAGACCACUUCAUUGAGCUGAAGUGGUCUGGGUGCCUAUAGUGGUCCUUUAAUGGCUUUGAAAUGAACAUGCUGCAAGAGUACUGUUUGAAGCCAUAGUAGCUCUUCACCGUGCUAGGCCCAGUUUGUACAAAGCACAGAUAAAAGGUACCCCAGUCGAUCUGGUUCGACCAUAUUACUGGACCACCAGUUGAUCUAGGUCCAAAGCUUACAGUUUAAGUGAUCACUUUAUAAAUUUUUGGUUUGUUUGUGCCUUUUAAUUAAAUUUUUUUUACUCUUCAUUUUUAUUUUAAUUUUAUUAUUUUGGAUAUAUGACUCUCUCUCUUCUACUCCGCAGAUGGUUCAAUGUCUGGGCUUUGCCAUAUACCGUGCCUUGGACUGGGGCCUGGAUGACAGUGAAGAGCGGGAACUCAGUCCUCAGCUGGAGCAGCUCAUUGACCUAAUGGCCAACAGUGACUCUGAAGGGACCCUUACAGAUGAAGGGUAUGAAGAUCCAGAAGAUGAGGAUGAAGAGGGUUUUCCUCGGGUGGUCCGCAGUUUCCCAGCGGUGCUACGUCUCUGUGCAUCUCGCCUUCCAGAGCCCCAUGAGGCACAGUCCCACUACCAGGCAGUUUGUAGAGCAUUAUUUGCAGAGACUGUAGAACUCAGAGCUUUCCUGAAGAAGAUACGAGAUGCCAAAGAGGUGAGAAGUCCAUUUGGCUAUUCUUAUUUAGGCGGAUAAGGGUUCCUAUUGAGUUCCUUGCGUAACCUCUGGGUUCUGGACUUCCAGGUAUUAAAGAAGCUAAAGGUGGAAGAGUCUGAACCAGAUGGACUGGUGAACCUGCAGAACACUGACUGGGUGAGUAGAUAUACCGGCAGGAGAUAUUUAAUUCUCCAAAGUAUUGUCUUAAAAACAGUUGUAUAUCCUAUGUUAGCGUAGAACCAUAGGGGAGGUGGUCAACACAAGAUGAGUUAACUCCUCAGCAUUACUGGAUUAGUCUGCCAGCUUUGGAGAGGCAGUUAUUGAAGUUUUUCUCUAAAAACAAAAAAUCUAAUUUUGAACUUUCAAGCUCUGAAAUUAGAGCUUUUUUCCCCCUUCUUUGAGAGUUUGGAUGACUUUGGCAUUUCUGGCUAGUGAGUAGUUUCAUUGACCUCAAAUACUGAGCUCGUCUUCCUGUCUAAGGAAAAUCUCUUGUUUUUAAUAUACUGGGGGAUUACCUAGUUUGUGUAUCUCGUCAUGCCUCAAACACGUUUGGGGUUAUUCACUAAGGUGAGAAAUUCCAGGAAUUCAAAGUGAGCUCAAAGUUAAUUUAAUCAUUUACACCAAAAUUAGGUGAAUUAGAAAAAUUCUCUAACUCGUUAUUCUCACUUUGGUGAAUAACCCUGCUUUGUAAGAAUUUUUAAAGAAAAUUAUUCUAAUGAAAUUAACAUUUUAUUUAAUACCAUUUCCUCUUUCUGCUCUGCAUGGGAUAGGCUUUGUACUAGAAAUGUGAGCGUACGCAAAACCGGUCUUGCCGUGUUAUUACAUUCUGUUCUGUGGGUUCCCCGUCUUUCCUUCGCAGGCACGUCUGUGGGUGCAGCUGAUGAGAGAUCUGCGUCAUGGGGUCCAGUUAAAGAAAGUUCAGGAAAACACGUUUAACUCUUUGCCGACCGAAUAUCAGCUCACACCCUUUGAGAUGCUCAUGCAGGAUAUCCGAGCCAGGAAUUACAAACUGCGCAAAGUCAUGGUGAGUUAAAUGAAGCUGGUAUGGUAUUGGAGGGAAUUUAGCGGGCACCAUAGUUUGUGCCAGCCUUACAUGUUGAAAUUGGUUUUUUUUCUUAACAAAAAUGUGUUCGUGUGCGCCAAGUUAGGGAUAUUUUCAGUACAUAGCCGCUCCAGUGUUCAUAAGGGUUAUCGGUUAUUUCUAUUCCAGACUCUAAGGCAGGCCUUCACAACCUGCAACUCCCCAGAUGUUUUGAACUAUAACUCCCAUGAUCCCCUGGCUAUCAGCCAUAAAUCCCUGGCUAUCUGUUUCAUUCAAAAUAAUAUGGGCAUUGGCUAUCUAUUUUAUUCAAAUAAUCUGGGGGGGCACAUGUUGUAUCCCACCCUGUAUACAUGAUAUCCUUUGUAAACUGCUCUAUAUCAUUGAGCCAUUUUUAAUACUAUUAAUAAUUAUACUCCUUUUUAAAUUGGUAUUCUGGCCCCUUCCCUAUCUGCCACUUACUGUGCAAUGUAGCUGUUGGGUUGUGUGUACAGGUAGGUACGGGUACAGGUAGGUUACGGGUACAGGUGUGUACUUGUGCAGGUAGCAGUCGGUGCAUCUGUCUUUGUGCAAUUGUGUCCAUGAAUUUUAAUGCUACUAUUUAGUUGUUACAUAGGUAACAGUGAGUUUAUGUACAGGUGUCACACUGCAUCAUGGGAGUUGUAGUCAAACAGGGUGGAGAGACUACAAUGAAACACUGUCUGUACAAACCAUCUGUCAUUCUAAUGAAGGGCAAAUACUCUAGCUAUACAUAAAUUUAGCAUCACAGCUGCAAAUCUUCCAUUAGCUCAGUCUAUAGGAAGUGUUGCAGCGACCUCUACUGCUCAAUAUGUAUAAAGGCGACAUAUCCUGGUUGAUCUAAAAAAAACAUUAUGAAAGACUAAUUUUGGCCAUAACCUUAAAACGAAAUACAAAGAAUCAAAAUUGUAAAUAAUUAAAUUUAUUUAAAAAGAAAAAAUAGUGUCAACAAGAGAUAUCAGGCUAUCUUUGAAAGAAAAAAGAAAAAAAAGGUUUAAAAAAGAAAAAACUCUGUUUUAAUAAAUUAUAUACAUUUUUUAAAAAGACUGCACUAUUAAAAAUUUUUGGGUUUUUUUUAGUACUUUUUCAUAAUGCUUAUCUUAUUUUCUACCAUUUCAUUUGCUAGUCUCUUGCUUUUCCUGCCCAUCUUUCAGUCCAUUUCCUGUCUGUCUAUUUUUUAAAAAUUUAUACUUAAUUAUUUAUGUAGGGUACAAAGCGAAGAAAAAGGACAAAAGGGAUAUACAUAAACCUCACAAAACAAAAUACAUGAAAAACAUUAAACACACAAAAGAAAAAAGGAUACAAAGACACUGUCUGUUUCUUUAAAUCAUUCUCCGUUGCUAAAUAUGUAUAAUGAGCUUGUGUUUACAGGUCGGAGGAGAUAUUCCACCAAAGGUUAAGAAAGACGCCCAUGAACUCAUCUUGGACUUUAUCAGGUCUCGGCCUCCCCUAAAACCGGUAAUUAAUGUUGCUCUAAUUGAAAUAAUGAGCCUGUGGCUUACGUUGGGUGAAAAAUAAUGUGUGUUGGUUUUUUUUCCCAUUUAAAAGGUUGCCCAAAGAAAUUUACCCCCAUUGCCUCUCAGACAGAGGAGUCUGCACGAGAAGAUCUUGGAGGAGAUCAAGCAAGAGCCUAAACUACGCCCGGUGGAAACACGAAGACGGGGACAGAAAGGUACCUCCUGCUCUAAUGAUUUGCUCUGGGGUGCAUGCCCUUUUACUUUCAAAAUAAAGAGGAUUAUAACAUAACAGAAGUUAAAGAUAAAUAUCUUCUUUAUUUAUAACUGACACCAGAGGCGUAACUAGAAACCAUCAGUCCACGGUGCAACAUUUGUCCGGUGCUUUCUUCUAAUCCAUAACCGAUUUUGGUUAGAUUUUUGUCAAUCACUUUUAUUGAAAAUGUUUAAGUAUUUUGUUAUUCUGUUCUGCUGUCAUGCUUUACUGCUUAUUAAAAAGUUAUUAAAGGGACACUCCACUUUGGAUCUGACCCAUAAAAUGCCAAGGUCAUUGUAACGAAUCGACGGGCACCCUGACUGGGUACCUCCGUUGAAGGAUGCUCCUAGCGCUUCCUGAGGACUCCAAGCACUGCAGCAGACACCAUAACUGCUGUAGACUCCUCCAGAGAGCAAGGCAGGAACAAGCUCUUACAAGAGCUUAGUAGUGAUUUAGCAAGGGAAUAUGACAAGCAAAGCAAUCCCUUGUAGCAGAUUCCCCCAAUAAGAGACGGCACUCCAAAUUGAGGGUGAAGUAGAACUGACUGUACUGGCACAUACAGCCUCUUUUAUUCACAAUCCACAAACAUCGUACUGCCCACAGGGUUUUGAAAUACAACCAAUCAAUCCGUACAAUACACACAGACACUCCCACACAAAAUCCUCCCCUCUGCCUGUGAUAUGAUUACUGAACACAAUGGUUAAUAUAAUUAUCACAGGCAGAGAAAUACAGUAUUAUAAAACCUAUCACAGGGACCCCAAAACAUGCAAUAACUCCAUAAAAAGUAUAUCCGGGGGAUCUGGGUGAACCACAUAUCCAAAAUUCACCCAGAUCCGUUCAGUAGUUUGGAAGAUAUGGUUUAAUGCAGAUUCCGCAGAACAUAUACAGGCUAUAUGAAAAAUAAUUACUGUAUAAUGUGUCCCCUGUUGUAUAGUUUAAAACUACUGCACAAUGUCUUUGUGCACCAAAUACCGGCGAGAUGGCACCGUGUAGAAAAGUCCAAACAAUGUCUGUGAGUUAAAAUGGCCGCCAUCCAUUGUUCUCACCAUGUGCUUCAUCCAUUGUUCUCCCCAUGUGCUUCAUCCAUUGUUCUCGCCAUGUGCCUCUGAUACAUGAAAUGGUGGCCACUCAGUAACUCCACAGUAUGUCCCCACAUGGUUCUUAAAGGACCAGCAGCAGCAUAAUAAAAUACAAUAUGCCCAAAUCACUUAAUAGAAGGGCAAUACAUCCCAGGGCCAUAGUCGCAGGGCAGGAGGCUGGCGAACAGGCCGCUCCAAAAACCAGUGGCGAGGUCAGUUUCGCCACAGUCAUAUCUCCCAUAAUUCAUCCUACAUCACUGUUCUUUCUAUCCUUAGGGUUUGGAUCACUCCCAUGUAUAGUAGACGCUUGUUCCAGCGAUGUGAAGUCAACGUCCUGUAUAAACCUAUCCGUAACAGACUCCGGAGCCCCCCGCCCUCGUCCCCGCGUGUUAUUAAAGGCGCCUACAUUGGCAGAAAUGGAAGAGCUGAAUCUGUCUGAGGUAGACGAUGGCUGUGGGUGUUCUCAGUGGAGGGUCAGUUCCAGAACAUGUGUUUUGAAAAUUGAGGCAGCUCAAGGUUUACAAAAUACAGAGAAAAAACGUUUACAUAUGCAGAAAAAGAAAACAACAAAAAUGUGCAACUGCACUUAUAUCCUAUAAAAAAAAAAAAAAACACGCAGCUUUAACACCUGAGUGGGCUCUUCCCUAGUUCACCAUAGCAAAAGCUUAAAAUAGCAGAAAAAUGUGGGGGGGGGGAAAUCCUUACAAUUGUGGAAGUGCAGGGUAGAAAUAAAAAAUAAAAAAGGAAAAAAUAACAAUAGCGUAAUCUAGUAUGGUAAAACAAACAAUAUAUGAUUUUAAAGGCCUCUAUGCCUUAGUAUUCAAAGGAAAAAGUAGAGACACAAUAGUGUAGUAUUCUCAAGAUGGAAUUUAUAUACAUACGAAAGAAAAAAAAAUGAACUAGCUUAACUUAAUUGAAGUGAGUAGUUGCCUGGCUCCAGGUAAUAUUAGUGUGGUGAUAAGAAGCUUGAGAUAUUUUUUUUUUUUUUAUACGAUUGCACUCAAGAAUAAUUAAGCCUAAGUGAUAUGGCUGAAUAUGAUCGAAUUAGCUUCUUCACUUAUUGAAUAUUAUGAACAAAGCCAAAAGCACAGCUCUCAAAAUCUGGUGAUAUAGGAUUGAAAUUCGAUGUAGAUUAGGACUUUGUUUAGGAUUGACAAGGACUGUGCUGUUGGUUUGUAAAGUCAUAUUAUAAAUGGCUCAUUGCAGGAGGAUGACUCCCCCAACUCGGAGCUUCGCAGAGUCAUAAGUGCUCCACUGCCCCUGAAACGCGACCGCUCGUUUUCUGAGCAGGACCUGGCACAGCUGCAGAGUGAGAUGGGCCAUGUUCCACCACGAGAGAUGUCACAGGAACAGCCGGUGGUGGCAGCCAGGGCCCGGUCAGGCAGCAUGAAUACAACGCCCAGAGUAAUGAACAGGAGCCUCAGUGAGUAUGGUGGCUUAAUGUCCUCGUGUGUCCUCACAUGACUUUGGGAAGUAAGUUUCCAUACUGACAUUCUGUCUCUCUAAUGCAGUGAACUACUCUGCUUCUGGAGAUACUGGCAACCCAUCACCCAGCCGUGGUUCCCUUAGCUCCGUGCAGGAGACCACAGAACCAGAUUCUGCUACAGACAGCAGCUCCAGGCAUCGAUGGCUGGUGAGGGAUACAUGAAAACUGGGAAGGAUCGGAUUUAGCGUAGAAAAGAUACAUUUACUUUAAUUGGUCACAUGUAUAUUUCAGUUCUAAGAAGGGAAUGAUGAUGUGAAGCACAUACUUCGAGGAGUUAUUAACUUAAUGUUUGGGGCAAAAACAAAGUCUGGGUCUAAAUUCAGCAUCAUUUCAUUGUUGGCCCUGACCCUGUAAAAUCGUAUGACAUAACACCUCAAAUGAUAUAAUUUGUGACAGUGCUGUAUUUUAAGAUAAUUAUACAGCUCGCUGUGUGGGGUUGUUGCUGGGGGUACAGUGUUUAAUGUAGUGGGUUUGAGGGUUAAUACAGCAUUGGUUGGUGUUAAUUUAGCAGAAAUGUAAAUCCAUGUCAUACUCUGAAUUUUGAGACUUUCAGAACACAUUGGGGUUUAGGGUUGGACUUUGGACAUUGUACAGGGCUUGUUUUAGGAAGGUGUAAGUCAAUAUAGGCAGGAGAGACAUAAAAUGUACCCUUGGGCUGAAGUCUACCGAACAACACUCCUGCAUAAAAUAUAUUUAGCUAGAUUAUUGAAUUUCUAUGCAACCUUUACAACAACAACAAUAAAAUGGAGGGGAAAAACAGCUGAUGUCGAAAUGACUGAAGUGGUUGCAGGUAAUGGGAUAGUUGCAUCUUCACCAGGCUGCCUAUGGACACCGUUUAUAGCAGAUUAAUGUAGUGACUGAUUUCAUAUUAAGCUGCAGGCCAUGGCUGUUUCUGAUGAGUACCAUGACCUCAUGUCUGUCGUGCAGGAAUUCAGUCAUCCCGUGGACACACUGGCCCUAACUGUCGAGGAGGUUAUGAACGUUCGCAAGGUGUUAGUGAAGGCAGAAAUGGAGAAAUUCCUGCAGAAAAAGGAGCUGUACACCAGUUUGAAGAAAGGGAAGGUAAUUAUUUUAGACACAUAUGUGAUAGAACUUUGUUUGCCACUAAGAGUCUUCCAAAGUCACAGACAUUCUGUGUCCAUCCAAGUGAGGGAGCUGGUGGAUUACCUAUAUUUGGGGACCGCCAUGUUCUAACUCUACAGCUGUUGAGCUACAACGCAUCGUGGAUAUUGCAGUGCAACUGGUUGGAUGUGCAGUGAACAUGGCUGACUUUAAAAUCUACCCUUUAGUGAGUAUUCCUGUUGAUGUGUCAAACGGAAUUUCAAACUUUAGGCCAAAAUAUUCAAACUAAAAAUCUAGCUGAAAUCCGAUUUUGGAUAUUUUGACAUAAAAUGUAAAAUUCAAUUUGAAUACCUUAACAUUUUAAGAAGAAUAGCGAAAUGCUUCCAGACCCCCUGAUACAUGUAUCUAGCUCUGACCUUUCACCUUUCUAUAACCAGGUAUGCUGCUGCUGCAGAGUGAAGUUCCCGCUCUUCUCCUGGCCAGCUAACUGUCUCUUCUGUAAAAGGUGAGAUACUCCGUCCUUGGUUUUUUUAUUAAUGUUAAUCAUGCCCAAAUCUUAAAAUGGCUAAGUCUGACCUGCUGUUAAACAAUCCACAUAAUCUAAGUUGUGGCUCUGGAUGGAGAGGGAAGGGAGGAAUGCAAAUAUGUGUGUGCCAUAAUAAAUAUCUUCCUGUCCUGAACAAAGCUCUGUUGUAUUGUCCAAGCCGAUGGACGUGGCCAAACUGCCCAGAGCUUGCUCUAACACAUGUCCAGAAUUGUUGUUUCAGUAAACGCAGGAUCCUCUAAUAAUCUAUAUUCUACAUUUUGGACAUUCAGUACCUGAGUUCCAAAGUCUACAUUAAUUGUGUGUUUUGUUUGUCUGUCUAGGUCUGUCUGUGGCUCAUGCAGUGUAAAGGUAAGCUAUAACUUGUCAUGUAAGGCAUCCUUCUUUUUUAACACAGCCGUAGGUAACGUGCCGAAUCUAUACAUUGUAGAGAUGGAAGAACCAGUGGUUUAGAUCUAUGUAUGUCGUCUAUGAUGGAGGUUGCAGAAUACCUGAUAAUCUGAAUUUGUUCUGUAGACUGGCUUUAGGUGAGGUUGGAGAGACUCAAUAUGUGAUCUCACAGGAACAUUUCAGUUAGAGGCUAGUUUUAUUGGCUUACACCAGAGUAUGGCAAAUGUCUCCAGGGGGAAAAGCACUCGUCGUAAAGUAGGUCCAACCAUUGGCCCAGCAACCUUUAAUGGCCAGUCUGUUGCCCUUUGUAACAUGAUGUGCUUGGGGCUCCUUGUAAAGACCUGUCUGGAUGUAUGACAUAACAGACCACGACUCUAACGUGAUCAGGUCUAGUAUGGCCGUACUAGAGUUAUCCGACCUGUCAUCCCCUGGUUCGGGCUAGAACAAUGAGACUAGGAAACAAAUUGUGUUUUUUGUUUUUUUAAACUUCUUAACCUCUUUAUGACAAUUAUCAGCAAUUUUUUUUCUCCUCUAAUUACAGAUGAAGCUUCCAGCCAAAAAGUUGGGGCACAUUCCCGUUUAUACCGUCGGGUUUGAGAGCCCUCCAGGAAUAAUUGGUACAAGUGGAGCCCAUUCCAAAAAGGACACUUUUCAGUGAGUUUUCAUUCUAUUGGGUUUGUAAUAAGUUUUAUGAAUAUUUUUUAAGGACUGUAAUCAGUUAUACAGUAAUCUAUUGUAUGUACUACAUGGUAAAGAUAUACUCCGUGCACAGUAACUAGUAAAUCUUAUUGUCGAGAGUUGCUUUAAAAGGGAGUCCAUGGUAUCUAGAAGUGUAUUUUUUUUUUUUAGAUUGGUGCAAAGAGUAAAGAAGAAAAUUCAAGCAAAUAAUUAGAGAUAAUUUAGUUGCCUUUGGUUUUUUCUUUUUCUAAAAAUGUAUUUUGCGAUAUGUAAAACAAGAUCAUUUUAAAGUAAAGUGAAAAAAGAAAACAAACAAAAAAAAAACCAUUUAAAAUGUAAAGACAAAAUUGGAGUUACAGUAUUGAGCAGAAACAGAUACUAAUUUCUUAGACCUGGUUUGUUUUUAUCUACUUUUUUACACUAGCCUUACGACUGUAGAUAUAUGUUGAUUUGCAUUAAUUCUGAUGCCGACUGAGCUAAAACAUACUUUCUGAUUUCCCGUGCUUAGGUCUUGUAGCGGUCUAUCGUGGAAGAAUGUGGAAGGUCAGUUCCCCCACAUCUACGCCCAGGGGUCCACCCUGAAGGAUGUAUGCUCAGAUUGUGCUAGCUUCAUUAGAGAUGUGGUUCGCUCCAGCCGGAAAAGUGUGGAUAUACUUAACCGAGAAUCUAGGAGCAGGUCAACGCCAGCACACAGUCGAACUGUCAAAAAACUGUGAUCUUUAAAUGCUAGCUGCGCCCUCCCUGCCAAAUAAACACACCCAGGCACCUCAUAUCCCAAUGCUGCUUCCAUUACGACCUAGAAGAAACGAUAUAACCCUUCCAAGUGCACCAGGUCUGCUACGCCAAUUCUCAUUGUAUUUAUUUACGCUUCUGUCUGACACAUUGAAUGGGAUGGGAUCAUUAUUUUAAAAGUGAAGCUAGGGCGAGAUGCGGUUUUUGAGUGAUUGGUCGUAAAAAAGUAGCAACUGGGCACUUUGCCUAAUGAAACAUUCUAGCCUAACCGGAUUGUGAGCCCAGUGGGUUGGUAGUUUUGGACCUGGCGGCAGAAAAUGGGAUGGAAUUUUCCCCUGAAUGCUUGAAUUAUCAGCUGCAACUAAAUAAUCUGAUUGUGAGCUUCUAUGGUUAGAAGUCACACUGGAUCACUGGAUUUAUUCUGGUAAAGCCUCUGGGUUGCAGUGAUAUAUAUCUUUUUUUUUUUUUUCUUUUUUGAUCCCAGAGCUGGCUCUGCGGAUGGCUGCAGAUUGCUUGACAUUACUGCAUGGUCAGAAGAGAAAUGUCUGGAAUAAUUAAGUGCAAGUACAGAUUUAUAUACCCUUCCCUUUAAAGAACUUGCUGGAUAAUCAUGUAUUCUGUAUGUGAUCUUCACUUCAGUGACUAGAUUGGAGUGGAAUCUAAUCUAAUGGAGUUUUAUGUGUAAAUGGAUCCAAUUCCCUUUUUUGGGGGGGAAAAGUAUUAUCUUGGACUGCAAAUCAUAUCACCCUCAGACUAGCUUUUCUGAUGAUGGGAAUUGUAUACCAACAAUAGCCCAUCUUUCUAACUCUAUACCGGGUGUCAAAGGGCAUCAUCAGCGACAUAGCACGGUCAUACACCCAAACUUUGGGGAAACCUGUUUUAACCCAUUCAAUCCAAAGCUUUGCAUGUGAUUUACCAACAUUCUCUGUACUGGAGUGCAUGACCGCUGCUAUGCUGUGCUUACCUUCUAGUAGUUAAAUGGACAUUACAGCUAAAAUACAAGUUUCUCUUUACAUUAAUAAGAUUUUUUUUUUUUAGCACAGCUCUAUAUGGACAAGCCUAAUAACGGGUCCUGCUGAAUUUCAAUUUCUUUUACGAGUGUGUUGACAAAUCAAUCUGUCCGUUAUGGAUUGUACUCCAUUGUAGAAUUUCCUUUUUAUUUACCAUCAAUUAGUUCUACACAACGUGAUUUAAGGGUAGAUAUGUAAAACAUUGCUUGCUGGCACAGGGUCUGCACAAACCAAAUUGUUUGGUUGUAUUUAAAAAUCAAGCUAGCCUAUUAAUUCUAGGACAGUCACUGCACUUUCUAAUGUGCAUACCUCCCGACUGUCCUGAAUUUAGUGGGAGAGUCACAACCCUGUGUCCCAGUCCUACUGUCACAGGCUGUUGGUGCCCAAAAUUGCAGCAUAAUUGCGUCUUCAAUCCUAAUUGGCUGUGCCAAGAUAUUUUGGGAUAUUUUCUAACAGUGCUUAAACCAUGGGUAGCCCUGGGGAGAUGUGUCACUUUUGGGACGUUUCACCAACACGCCCCUUAUCUGGCACCGCCUCCUCCUCUGCUAACUAUAUAUUUCCCAAUGUGUUCGAGAUGUGAUCAUGGUCCUUUCUCUCCCCAGACUCCACAUUAAGCAAGGUGGAGUCUCCACUGUAGUCACUAUAAACUGUACCUUCCAGAAACUAGGUUGAGUGUUUACCCUGCUGACUGCUUGGUCUUCAGCUCAGCCACAUAUGGACUCUCUUUGCAUCGGGUUUCAUAGCUAGCAUUCUCCACAGCUAGAGCUCUGGGUAUAGAGUAUAUACAUCUGGAAUGGUCAAGGCGCUGUAGCUGCUGAGAAUCAGCCAGAUUUUUACAUUAUCUUUCAUCUAGCCCAGGGGAGGGACCAACAUCUUCAGUUAAGGCAGAGCCACCACAGAGAUAGUGAUGUUUGGACCUGUAUCUGCUAUGACCUACCAUUCCCAGCUAAAGCACCAAAACUGACCAUCUUUGAGUUAAAGCCCCAGGCUCCUCAACUAGAAUUGUACUGAGCUGAAAAGUGCCUCCCCUAGGCUAGAAGAAACUUGUAUUCUGUCUAUAAGUCAUCCUUUUAAUUCUAUUUCCUCCUCUUGAUAAUGCACUUCCUGCACGAUCUUGGAGUACAUCACUAGUACUUAAACUGUCUUAAUAUAGCAUUUUGUGGCACCAGAACUCGAAAUAAAAUUAUAGGUGCACAAAAGCAAAGUGAGAUUAAAGUUUUAAACCCUUGGAUGGAAGAGCUUGAUUAAAAACUAGCAAUCCACUCCGGUCCUAGGGGCUCAAAUCCUAUUUUUUUAAUAAAAUGAAAUCUUCUAAUAAAAAAAAUGGUGUGAUUGAGUGAAUCUUUUGUAUUUUUGUGGCACAAUCGAUCCAUUGCUUCAGGUUGGAUUCUGUUUUUGGCUUUGUUUUGUAUCAAC